CACCGUGCCUUCUGACACCAUCGGGCACCAACUCCAAACACGAAACGAAACAAAACCUCACUACUCCAUCUUCGACAUCUCCCGCCUCACUCCUUUGGUUUUUUCCUUCUAGCUGGAUUUUCUUCGGCCCACGUUAGCAGUGCGGCGCAGGUUUUUCUGCUGGAACUUGACUUCUUUUUCAGUUCGUUUUGGAACAUCGGUCCUCCGGUGCGCACUUCCCGUGCCGGUGCAAGCUAGCAGCAGCAGCAGCAGCAGCAGCAGCAGAAGAAGAUGAUUAUAAACGUGAGGGAGUCGACGAUGGUGCGGCCGGCGGAGGAGACGCCGCGGCGGAGCCUGUGGAACUCGAAUGUCGAUCUGGUGGUACCGCGGAUGCACACGCCAAGCGUCUACUUUUACCGCCCUUCCGGUGCUGCCAACUUCUUCGACCCUCAGGUCAUGAAAGAGGCACUGAGCAAGGUUUUGGUGCCAUUCUACCCCAUGGCCGGGCGGCUCCGGCGAGACGAGGACGGCCGUAUCGAGAUCGACUGCAACGCUGAGGGCGUCCUCUUCGUCGAGGCGGAUACCGGCUCUGUCAUCGACGAUUUCGGUGAUUUCGCCCCUACUCUGGAGCUCCGGCAACUCAUUCCGACGGUGGAUUACUCCGGCGACAUUGGAUCCUAUUCUCUCCUCAUACUGCAGGUAACACAUUUCAAAUGUGGUGGAGUGUCGUUAGGCGUGGGUAUGCAGCACCACGUAGCGGACGGUGCGUCUGGGCUGCACUUCAUAAACACGUGGUCAGACAUGGCGCGUGGUUUGGACAUCACCAUCCCUCCCUUCAUCGACCGCACCCUCCUACGGGCCCGCGACCCACCCCAGCCUGCUUUCCACCACAUUGAGUACCAACCCCCUCCCCAGCUCAAAACCCCACUACCCAACACUCAGAACACCAAUGUUUGCAUCUUCAGGAUCACCCGGGACCAGCUCAACACCCUCAAGAACAAAUCAAAAGAAGAUGGCAACACAAUCAGUUAUAGCUCCUACGUCAUGCUUGCCGGCCACGUCUGGCGCUGCGCCUGCAAGGCACGGUCCCUACCCGCCGACCAAGACAGCAAGAUGUAUAUCGCCACCGACGGUCGCUCACGCCUCCGCCCCGCCUUGCCCCCUGGAUACUUCGGAAACGUCAUAUUCACGACGACGCCGGUGGCCGUCGCUGGAGAAUUGAUGUCCAAACCGCUGUGGUACGCCGCCAGCAAGAUCCACAACGCACUGGCGAGGAUGGAUGACGAGUAUUUAAGGUCAGCCUUGGACUACCUGGAGUUACAGCCAGAUCUAACGGCUCUGGUGCGCGGUGCCCACACCUUUCGGUGCCCAAAUAUCGGGAUAACGAGUUGGACCAGGUUACCGAUCUACGACGCGGACUUCGGGUGGGGUCGGCCCAUUUUCAUGGGCCCGGGUGGGAUCGCAUUGGAGGGCCUGGCCUUUGCGCUGCCCAGCCCAACCAACGAUGGGAGCUUGUCCAUCGCCAUUUCGCUGCAGGAGGAUCAUAUGAAACUCUUCCAGAAGUACCUAUACGAGAUUUAAUCAAAAUUUUAAACCGGUUGGGUUUCGAUUUAUCCACCUUUUUUUCCAGUUCCAUUUUUCUUUUGGUUUAAUGAUAAAGUUGAACUCUGGGAUUUGAAUGUGGCCAUGCCCUAUUUUGAAGGGCAUCCGUUUUACGAAAUGGACCCGCACAAACCAUUGUAUUACUAAAUUGACAUUUCUUAUGUUACAUGGUAUUAAUUUUGCUUUA